AUGGCACACCUUGCUGCAAAUCAUUUUGGCGGUGGACCUCCUCCAGGGGUCCCAAAUGAUGCUUUAUAUAAAGAACUUUGGCAUGCCUGUGCUGGGCCCCUUGUUACUGUUCCACGUGAAGGGGAACGAGUUUAUUACUUUCCACAGGGUCACAUGGAACAGCUUGAAGCAUCAACACAACAAGGAUUUGACCAGCAGCUUCCUUCGUUCGACUUACCGGAUAAAAUUCUUUGCAAAGUGAUGUAUGUUCAUCUUCGGGCUGAACCAGAAACAGAUGAGGUAUACGCACAGAUAACUCUGCUACCUGAACAGCAAACUGAGAUCACAAGCCCAGAUCCCCCUCUACCAGAACCUCAACGAAGCACUGUUCACUCAUUUUGCAAGACUCUCACUGCAUCUGAUACAAGCACCCAUGGUGGGUUCUCUGUUUUACGUAGGCAUGCAGAUGAUUGUUUACCUCCAUUGGAUAUGUCCCUGCAGCCACCAUGGCAGGAAUUGGUCGCCACUGAUCUUCAUGGCCAUGAAUGGCAUUUUCGUCACAUUUUCAGAGGUCAACCAAGGCGCCACUUGUUGACAACUGGAUGGAGUGGCUAUGUUAGUGCCAAAAAGUUAGUUGCAGGAGAUGCUUUUAUUUUCUUAAGAGGAGAAAAUGGGGAGCUUCGAGUUGGGGUGCGCAGGCUUAUGAGACAACUAAAUUAUAUGACGUCCUCUGUUAUAUAA